UUUUAUUUUGUCGUUACAAAAAUCAUUGAGUAUACAUAUCACAAUAGUGGUAUCCAUCCAAUCGUCGAACACUUUCGAAAAAAAGAUGGACAUCCUCGAGAAAGCAAGGUGCAAGGAUUAUCACAGGUCUACCAACCUAUUUUCCUUAUUACAGAAGACUGAUUAUUAAACUGAUAACUAUAUUGGAGAUCGUUUCGAGGGCGGUAACUCAAACUUAGUUGUACUUCUAAUUACACGUAUGUCUUUGUAAGGUUAUCGCGUCAAUUCUGUUCCUAAUCUGGAUACAAAAAUGUCAUCACCCACCUCCCUGAAGCCUUGGUCUAAUUAGUUCUUGAAUGUUUUUCAUUCUUUAGGCUGUGGGAUUUCGUAUGAAAAAUUUCCAAUAUCAGUUAUAGACAAAUUACAUAGUACUUCGACACGCCUCUUGAUAUAAAGUGAUUUUAAACUGUAUAAACAUGCCUGGGAAUGACUUGUCUGAUAUGUUCAACAGCAUCCCUCCUGUCACCCGUUAUUGGUUCUCGGGGACAAUAUUAUUUUCACUUCUCGGUAAAUUUAAUAUUAUUGAUCCCAUGCGUAUGAUUUUGUUGUGGAACAGAAUGUAUUCCCACUUCGAGGUUUGCUGCUUAUUAGUUUACCAUUUUAUAGAUAUGGAGGCCAAUCACAGCUUUGUUGUUCUAUCCAGUAUCCCCAUCAACUGGAUUUCACUUCCUAAUCAAUCUGUACUUCUUGUAUUCAUACUCCUCUCGAUUAGAGAAUGGUAUGUUCCUCGGACGCACUGCAGAUUAUGUAUUUAUGUUUUUGUUCACUUGGCUAGCACUGGUGGUAUCCUUUAUCUGUAGUACUAUUUUGCUAUUCUAACGAAAUUUGUAACACACUGUUAUACAAUUACUUUUUGUGUUUUAAUUCGACGUAAGACAGAUUCUUCCUCUGAAAUCUGUACCGUUUUUUUUGUUUAAAAGUAAUCUGUCUCAUACUUCGUCGUACUGGUUAGCUGAUAGGUUUAGUUGGGAUUGCAAGACAUGUGAGAACAAGUGCUUUUUACCUGAAUUAUAAGUAGCAAAUCUUAAUGAAACAUGCGUCUCCAUCGUUAGUUGCUGAACUGUGACAGUUGAAUUAAAUGUUGUUGAAUUCUCGCAGUUUAUUCGGAUUGACCCCAGUCAACGGAUAUGAGGUUCAAUUUAUGGGGUUUCUAAUAAAAGUUAGUUCAAUUAUUAUAAAUUACCCAAUGAUCGUGAGAAUAUUUGUUCAUGUUCACAAGAUUUUCUUAACUGAUCAACAGAUUGUCAGUUUCUUGGCUUCAUUUUACGUGCUUCUGGAGCCAAUGGUACUGACAGUGCUCUAUAUAUGGAGUCAAUUAAAUCGUGAUGUUAUUGUCCAAUUUUGGUUUGGUAUGCAGUUCAAAGCAAUGUACUUUCCGUGGGUCUUGGUAAUAUUUAACUUAAUAGUGCGUGGGAGUGCGAUGAUGGAACUGGUUGGAAUAAUCGUUGGACAUCUUUACUACUUUUUCGUUUUCCAGUAUCCCCAAGAGUAUGGUGGUCAAGCUAUAUUAAAGACUCCUGGAUUUCUGUAAGUAAUUUCUCCAUGUAGAUACUGUAUGUAAUGUUCAACUUAAUUCAUAUUGUAGUCACUAUAUGAUUAGUAAUGGUAAAAUUAACUUGGUUUGAAAAGCCCUGGAGAAUCAUUAACCAGUAAGACUUAGCUCAUAAUCCUGUAUACUUGAAAGGAUGAAUCAGAAGUUAAAGCGCCAGACUGCUAUAUUCGAGAACUCCACUGAACAAUAUAAGUCACCCUUAUAUCCUCAAGUGUGCGUCAAAAGUGGAAACACAAAGUGAUAUUUUAGGACCCCAUUCCAUCAAAAAUAUAUUUCACUAAAUUGAAAAAGCAGACUACAGUUUUUUUGUGCUAACACUUAGCGCUCCCUAUGUACUAGUGCAGAAUAAUCCAACUGCGUUCUGAAGCCUAAAAUUAAUCAAAUUCGACUUUUCAUACAAAUGCUAACUAACCACUUACUCUUUCUAAGUUCGGAUCUUCAGCUACACUAUGUUUUAUUUGAGGAAACUACUGUACAGAAACGUUUUGUAACUUAAGUGUUAUUAAUAUGUGUGAAAACCUUUGUUUAUAUCAACCCUGUAGUUUUAACUAUGAGAAAACGCAGACACUAUUUUUCGCUAUUCGACUUGCAAAAGCUUAUGAGAUUGAAAGUCAAGCUCAUAAAAGUACUUCCAGUCUAUAUGGUAUAAAGUAACUGCAUGUCUGUAGUGUAAGAGAAUUCAGAGAUGGAAAAGCAAUUUAUUAUUUUAUACAUAUUUACAUAGUGCCUUCGUGAAGUACCAAAAUCAUACAAUGAAUACAUCAUAUGUUUAUCUUCCUUCAGUUGUCUUUUACAGACUUAAUCAUUCUUCCGGUCCUGUUGUCAUUCCAAUUGCUCUUCGUUUACCUCCCUCUCAUGUUUACUUAAUUCUUCUGCUGGUAAACAUUCUACUUCAAAUUCUUGCAUCGUACUACUUAUUUCUGUCUGCAUAAGUAGUGCACACCAUGGUUCGACUAACCAGGAUAGAAAAACUCAAAAGGAUAUUAAUCUAUAAACUUGAUAUAGCAGAUGGUCUAUAAUAAUGGUCUCUCACGUACAAUAAGAUGAUACGUUAAUACGAUAAUAAGACUAGCUACGUUAUAUUAGAUCCAGGAUUCUUGACCCAGAAUAAAGAACCGGAGUAUAGACUAGAUAAUACUUUAUUUAACACAAUUUCAAGCAGUCACUCUCAAUAAGUCCGGAGUGGAAAUCACAUAUUUAAUUGUCAGUAAGCUGUAUCUAUUUGUACUCAGUGACCAACCAUAUCUCACUUUCACUACAUCAAAAGCACAUAAAAUCUAGUUCAACACGUCACCAAAAAAUGACAUGCGCAACUUAAGGUAUAAAUAAUAUUGUGAGAAAAAGGGAGUAAAUAUGAAGCAAAGGAGAGAAAACAAACAUAAAAUAAUUAACAAGGGCAUUACAUAAUAAGAAAUACAGUUCAGCUAAAAAUUUAGUUGAUUAGCGCUGUCACUGCUAUGACACUUAGUGCAACAACCCCACACAUGCUGAAUGAAGGUGCCUCAGGGUUUUUCGGACAAGCACACUUAAAAUAAUCCCUUCGAAUCUACAGAUGUAAAGCGGUCUUUUAGUGCUUCUGUAAUGAUGAAUACAGAUUCAAAGGUAUAAGAGACGUCAAUACCGAGGCUUUGCAAAGCAUAGUCAAACCUUUCCGUUGUCCUAUCUACGAACUCUGAAGAAGGCCAGUUUGAUUGGGAAACGAAGGUUUAGAAAAGUUGCAUUAAAAGUCUAUUUACUAAAAGCAUCCAUAAAUUCGACCGAUCAGCAGCUUCAAACCGUUGGAACAGGACAGAACUUUCACCGUAGAAUGCUGCUAGGUUAAUUGAAACAAAAAAGGAUACACAAAAUGUUGAUAAUGAGGAACGGAUAAGUGACCGAUGUAAAGUACAAAUAAUGUAUAGAUGAACGGAUAAACAGACCAAAAAAUAUUUUACAACAGUAAUCAUCUUUUUAUUCGUGUUUGGGUUGAGAUAUGACAGGGCCGCUUAAACAGAAACAGAUUGUUUUUCCUAAGAAACAACUUCCCUAGCCUUCGAUCAAAAGGCCUAAUACACGGAGCUGUGAAAAAACGUUAGGAGACGCGGUCCUAUUGCAGCGAGUGACUAAAAUAUGUUUAUACGUCAUUCCCUUAUGGAUCAAGGAGUCUAUGUCGACAAAUGCCAUGGUACGGCCAAGGGUGGUGGGAGCCAACUGUCUCUUUCAAAAUACAUGGCCAUGUGUAUACACCCACUGUCAGGGAAGUCCUACUCACUGCCUGCUCGCGUCUGGAAUGCUGUUUAAGAAAUUGAAAGAACGAGAAGCGAAUGACCGGCGCCUCAAUUGGGUUAGUGUACACAGGGUCUACCUAGGGGAGUUGGAAAACCCUGAUUUCAAACCAGUGGUGCACGUGAGCUCCAGGAUCCUGAGGGAUCAAAUGGCAUGUGAACCUAUUGUUGGUCAUCGGCUACCAUGGGUUUGCAUCUCCUAACGUUGCUCGACUGCCUUACGAAUUAGACCUCUAGAUCGAAGGCUCGGGGUGUGGCCGCCUAAGAAAACCACCAUCUUUAGCUCCCGAGCAGUAACCCAGACCUUAUUCAAAUUGAAUUUGUGUGGCGCAUAUAUGUUUGGUACCACCUUGUACUAAUAUUUAUGUAUUAAUAAAAAGAAAUGUCGAUCAUUGGUUUGGAAUCAGGGUUUUCCACUUCCUCCAGGUGGAAUCCUCAAUAUCCACCAAUCUGGGCUAAGCGCUGGAUAUUCGUUUCCAGUCCUUUUACUCAUAAAGAACGUUCGCCACGAGAAGGCAGUGAGUACGGUAACAGAUAAUUUUGGAAUGUGUCAUUGGUCUGUGGUAUUUAUUCUCAUCAUAAUUCAUUAGUGAAAGAUGAUCUAAUUUGUACCAGAAAUCUGAAGAUUUCGCACCGGUUGUGACUUUCGGCUGUUUUGGAAAUAACCAUUAACUUAAAAAUAUAGCUAACAGUGAAAUAAGAUUGAUUUUCUGGACAUGUACAAACAUAGUGUCAAGCCUAUCUGAACUGCGUAAUACUCGUCAAAAUUCUAAAAAUAGUCAGCAAGAUGCCUAAAUUAGCAACAGAAUAAUUGCACAGGCGACAAAUAGGGAAACACACGCGCUGUUUUUCCAAGCAAGUCAUGUUUUGUAAUCCAUACAUAUGAUGAGUAACUACGACCCGAAAUCUGAAUAUCUCAACUGUGUGCCUAACUAUAGUUGUUGAAAAUCUCUUUACUGUGAUAUUAAAACUCAAUUUAUUUAGACUUGCUGAAUCAUUUACUUACUAGUACUUAGCCAUCUGAAUAAUUGAAAAUAUUGUGCUCGAUUUCGAUAUACUAUAGAUUGACUGGUUCUGGUUGAUCUAAUUUGAAUUAAAAGUAUUUUUUGACCUGUGCGCAAAAUUGUUACUGUUUUAAGCGAUACAACUAAAUAAACAGAAAAACCUUCUGAAAUGCCAGAUAUCGUACUGUUAUUAAACAUUGAAAAAGUAUGGCUAAUUCCACCCAACAUUACCGAAAUUCAAUUAUUCAUCACGUCCUAGAGGAAUGGAUAAUAGUCAACAUUGUAUGAAUAUCCAUACAUACUUACUGUCUAUCGAAGAUUAACAGUCCUCCAAUUAUUAGUUUGCUGGAUUCAGAUCAUUUCUCACACUUAUCAGAAUAGUUUCACUUCCAUUAAAUAUAAGGUAAUUUUACUUUCGAGUAAUUAUUUUGUUAGUUGUUCCUAUCUCUUGUUUGGACAGUUGUAUUAAGUACUCCAAGAUUAAAAUCAGUGUAUUUUGUUUCACAGAUAUAGACUAUUUCCAAACCAAAGAGGCAUUACAACUGGUUUUGGAGAAGCCCCACGCGCAAGACAACCAACUACAACUACGGGAAGAUUUCCUGGACACGGCCGGGUUUUAGGAAACGAUGAAUAAUACUCAUUUUUCUAAUUGACCAAUCUGUAUAUCAGAGUAAAUCGAAUAAAAAACGUAUUACUCUCCAAUCUAUUGCUGAUACUGGUUCAGAAAAAUUAACAGUCCAAUACGUUGCAAAUAUCCUAUUUAUACAGGUUCAGAAAUUAAAACUGCCUAUUAGACUUGCAAAAGGUAUAACAUAUAUAAACUUCCAAAGAACGCAGACGAGACUCUGAGUUCGCUAAUUUUACUUUUUGGUGUAAGAUUAGUGGCUACCUUCUUGACCGUCCCGAAACAUUUGAACGCCAUAUCAACUUUACACCGGUUAUAGUCGAAAAAUUAUAUCGAAGCACUUAUUUUGAAAGCUGGGUGCUCCAAUGAAGGGUACGGAUUUUUAACCUUACCAACCGAAUCGAAUAAUGUAGAUUCAUUUUCCCAUUGUGUAGUCGCUUGUUCGGAAAGACUAUGGUUUCACCUUUUCAAAUUUCGCAAACAGUUGACCUUACAUAUUUUUCCUGACCAAAUUAACCUCGUGAGCUACAAUCAGUGCCUUCAGAUUGCUUUUGUUCUCCAAGUUUACUUAGAAAAUGACCAUGUUAAGAACCCCCUGGUAAGAUAUUAUGAACACUUAGUAGCUCAGACUUCUAG